UUUUAUGUUCAUGUACUUUUUCUCUCUUUUUUGUUUUAAUGAUUGUAAAAGAAGCUUUUUUUCGCCGUAUGUGACUGGAUAAACAAGUUAUUAGAUAUAUCAUCUAAGCAUCUGGAGCAUUGUGAAUUUGAGUGUUUUUCAUUUGUAAUGUGUUGUGGAAAUCAAACUCAGAAAUCUCUCAUCUGAAGAUAGAGGUGACGUCACUGAAGACAAAGAUGAUGGAGAGAGAAGUAGUUUCAUCCUGCACCUGUUUUGAGCGAGUUAAAGUUGAGAUUGAGCUGGAAAAGAUUUCCUGUCAAUCUUCAGUGUGUGUGACUGAUGGGACCUCCACAGAAUGUCAGGAUUCAGUGUGGAGCGGCAGAGAUCAGUCCACACCACAGCGGCUGCUGGACAAACUCUCUGAACAGAGAUCCAGAGACACACAGGACUCACAGCUCACUUUACUCUGUUCUACUGAUGCUCAGGGGAGUGUGUGUGACAGUAAUCAGGGUGAUCAAACCUCCACAGAGUCUCUGACUUCUGUCUGUAACGCUGGAGAACAGCAGAUGCUGCAGACACCAGUGAAGAUUGAAGUGAAGCAGGAGGAGAUAAAAGAAGAAAACACAGCAGAGGAACAACAGAGUGAUGAAGAUGAUGAUGAACAGCAGAUGCUGCAGACACUAGUGAAGAUGUGUUCAGUGAAGCUGCUGGACUGCAGGAACUUUAUGAAGAUGAGAGGAGAAACCACAACAGAGGAACAAGAGAGUGAUGAUGAUGAUGAUGAUGAUUUUAUUCCCUCAGAGCUGAUGAAAGAGCAAGAUGAACUUACAGAGCUGAAUGAAGUGGAGGAGAAACUUCAGGAUCAGAACCAUCAUGAUUUAAUAACUGGAGAAAAAUCUUUGUGUGGCUCAAAGACUAAGAAGAAUUUAUCUCCAAAAAAAACUCAAAAAAGAGUAGCCAAAAAUACUUCAACCUGCUCUCAGUGUGGAAAGAGUUUCACAUGUAAAAGCAAGCUUAAUACACACAUGAGAGUUCAUACAGGAGAGAGGCCUUACACGUGCCAUCAAUGUGGAAAAAGUUUCACAUAUGCACAACAUCUCACACGUCAUCUUCGCCGUCACUCAGGAGAAAGACAAUUUGAAUGUGAUAAGUGCGGUAAAACAUUUAUUUUGGCAACAUACCUACAAAAACAUCUGAAAACGCACACAAAUGAGAAGCCUUACAAAUGUUUUUUUUGUGGAAAAAGUUUUUCAUGCCUGUCCUAUUGUAAAGAACACCAGAGAAUACAUACUGGUGCUGGGGUUCAUAUGUGCUUUGAAUGUGGGAAGAUCUUUAUUAGAGCCAGCGACUUGAAACAGCACCAAAGAAUUCAUACUGGAGAAAAACCUUACAAGUGCUCACACUGUGAAAAGAGUUUCACUCAUUCACAACAACUGAAAACACAUGAGACGAUUCAUACUGGAGAAAACCCUUACAAGUGCUCACACUGUGGAAAGAGUUUCACUGUGUUACAAAGCUUGAACAAACACGAGAGAAUUCAUACUGGAGAAAAACCUUACAAGUGCUCACACUGUGAAAAGAGUUUCACUCAGUCACAAAACCUGAAAACACACGAGAGAAUCCAUACUGGAGAAAAACCUUACAAGUGCUCACACUGUGAAAAGAGUUUCACUCAGUCACAAUACCUGAAAAUACAUGAGAGAAUCCAUACUGGAAAUAAACCUUACAAGUGCUCACACUGUGAAAAGAGUUUCACUCAUUCACAAUACCUGAAAAUACAUGAGAGAAUUCAUACUGGAAAUAAACCUUACAAGUGCUCACACUGUGGAAAGAGUUUCACUGUGUUACAAAGCUUGAAAAAACACAAGAGAAUACAUACUGGAGAAAAACCUUACAAGUGCUCACACUGUGAGAAGUGUUUCACUCAGUUAGAAAACAUGAAAAUACAUGAGAGAAUCCAUACUGGAGAAAAACAUUACAAGUGCUCACACUGUGGAAAGAGUUUCACUCAUCCAGACAGCUUGAAAAAACACAAGAGAAUUCAUUCCGGAGAAAAAAAUACCCCUCCUCUUGAUGUGUGAAAAGUUUCAGUGCAGCAAGUAAUCUAUAUACACAUGUAAAAAGGUUUUGUCCAAGUAGUCACAGUGAGAAGAAAACAUCUUCAUGUCCAACGAUAUUGAGUAAAUAGUUUGAAGAGCAACAUCAUCUAAAGCCCUAUUCGAACAGGACAAGUUUUCCUUGAAGAGGUUUGGGAAAUUAGUGUUUCACAGAUGUACUUUGUGAUUUUAAUCCCAUCUGAAUCUGACAAGUCUCACUGACCCCGUUUACACCUGGUAUUAAGAUGUGAUUAUGGUAAUAACAUCAUAUGUGGUCAGUGCUGAAUACAGGUCUAAAUGGGGUCUAAAACGUUUUGUGAUCGGAUUACAAAAAUCAUAUAUGAAUGCUGUCAAAAAUGCAUUUGACCACAUCGCAUUUGAGGUGUAAAUGCUUAUCCAUCCUGCAGUAUUGUACUCGAGUCCAGGACUCCAGGAUUGUGAUGACUCAUUACUCAUCUACUACUUGAACACUAAUGACUUGGACUUGAAUUUGAGCAUUGGGUGCAUUCUGACUUUGCGUUCUGUUCUUUUAUGGCUUUAGAUCACAUGCAUGUCAUGACAUUUACCAGUUGUGCGAGCACAAAUCUCUGCGCUCGCACAUGGAUUUCCUUUGUUUUUAUUUAAAACUAGACUCGCACUUUCAAAUCUCCCUGCUCUCGUUCAGAGAUUGCGUGUGCCACUCAAAACAUGUCAUGUGUACUCGCAAGUCUAUUAUAACACAAAAUAACUCUGCCUCUGUUUAUUCAUACAAAUAUUCUGCUUCUGUAGACAUGGUAUAGAGAGGAAGAAUACCAGAGUUUGAGGAAUCAACUCGCCAUUUGGUUGGUGGUGCAUAAUACAUGGUUAAAGCCAUAAUGUAAGAAUGAUAUUCUGAUGCUCACUGAAAAUGUAAGAGACAUGAGCAAAUCAAAUGACAGAAAAUGUUAACAAAGAACAUGUUGCAAUUAAAGUCCUCUCAACAUUUUCACCUUGGUAGAAAACUUGCCUGCACAAGUUUGUCUAGAACGCAUAAAGGAUUUUUCAGAAUCUAUGUGGUGGCACAUAUGUAGAACAUUCGAAAUAUGUGAAACAAAAUCAUAAAUCAUUAUUACGAGUUAUAAUUAUUACGGGAACAUAAGAACAUGUUGACGUGUGUUCAUGCGUUUACAGGUGCGCUUUUGCACAGAGAUGGAGACAAUGUGUGAUGAGUUAAUCACAAAUGUAGCCUAAAACAGUUAAGUAAUCCCAUUGUUAAAAGGACAAACAUCCAUUCAUCCAUAUAUGAAAAAUAAUUUGAAUUGCUCCAACGCCUGAUUUAUAAUGAAUUUUGAUAAUAUAAGACUAGAGGACAAUACCUGAGAAAAAAAUUUAAUAAACUUCAAAUAAAUGGCAAAGAGGCACUGUUGUUUACAGUGGAAAGUUAUUUUUCUGACAUCUCUUUUUUUAAUUUCCUUGAUUAUUGUAUAGGCCUAUAUACAACAUUGUGACAGACAGAUAGAUAGAUAUAAUUUUAAUCUCAAGUAAUUAUUCAAGACAAAGAAACGGUUAGUACUAAAAUAAGAAUAAAGAAACAAAUGAAGAAAACUGCUUAGUUUCUAAAAAUAAUAUCAAACAUUCAAGUAACAUUAAGGAAAAAAAACCUACAGAGAUGGUAUUGUUAUUGAGUGUAUGUUUCUUGUACAAUACACUUUGAAAGGUUGAAUGUGUGUGUGUGUGUGUGCCAAUAAAUUUAACAAGAAGCCAAUGUAACGCUGAUAUGAUUGUAUUUCUUGGUUCUAGUUAGCACUUUCGCUGCUGCAUUUUGAACCACUUUAAGUGAA